AUGUCUGCAACAGAGCCAAUGUCAAAUACACCCACAACGCCGACAACAUACCAUUUACACAAGUGGAGCGACGUAUGGAGAGGGCUACUGGACACCCCUAGUUAUGCAGAUCUCUUUCUAGAGACUCAUAGAAAGAGUGGAACUGCCGAGGAUCUAACUCCCGUGUUUUUUCCGGAAGUUCAGGAUAAAGUGGCUCUUAUGCGCGAGCGACUUCUAGAAAACCCUGAGAUGACAUUUUUUGAAAUGUUUGAGGCUGCUUUUAGAGUACAAGGACAUUGGAGGGUGAUCGGGGUGGGAUCUAUAGUACAUCCAACGACAUUCCGAGUGGUUCAACGUGAUGCUUUUUCUCGAGUGUCAGCAAGUAUUCACGGGUAUCACACCGUGAAGAGACACAAGCAUUGUGCGAGGAGAAUAGGACAUUGCGGGAUCAGCCAGGAGGCAACCAAAGGAUCACGGGACUUGAAGCAAGAAGGGAUUAUCAAAACAAUAGAGACGGAUAAUGGUGAAAUAAUCGACUGUGUUGAAAUACAAAAACAACCAUCACUUGUCAAUUCUCUAAUCAAUGAUUUACAGAUGGAACCUAGUGACUAUCCUUUUGGAAACAAUUUCAAUUCAAAUUUGACAAUAGAAAUGCUUCAAGAUUGGCACAAAAAUGGAGAUUGUCCAGAAGCUACAAUACCCAUAAGAAGAAAUACAAAUUUUGAUCAUCUUUACCCCAAAAAACCUUCUUCCAUCAUGCGGCGACAAAUCAAUCAAAGUCAUUUGAAUGGAAUGAAACAUGAGUAUGCUGUAGUAAGUAACGGAGGAUCUUCUUACCACGGAGCCAGUGGAAUAUUUAAUGUAUGGAAUCCUAAGACAGAAGAUAACGAGUUUAGCUUGUCCCAAAUAUGGGUUGUCACAAGUUAUAAAGACUAUUACAAAAAUCUCAAUACUAUUGAAGUUGGAUGGAUGGUCAAUCCAAUUAAUUACCAUGAUAAGCAUACAAGAAUCUUCAUAUAUUGGACGAGAGAUGCAUACAAAACAACUGGUUGCUAUGAUCUUAAUUGCAAGGGUUUUGUCCAAACAAAUAGAAAGUUUUCCUUUGGCAUGCCCUUAUCACCAAUGUCCAUAUAUGGUGGACAAUCGAUGCAGCUAUCAAUUAAUAUAUUCAAGGACAAAACAGGAAAUAAAUGGUGGUUGCAACUGCAAGGUUCAAUAAUAGGGUACUGGCCGGUAAAUAUAUUUACGGAUUUAAAGAACAAUGCUAAUAUUGUCGAUUGGGGUGGGGAGAUCGUGAAUCAAAGAAAAAAUGGUCACCAUACGACUACUCAAAUGGGUAGUGGUGAAUUCCCAAAUAAAGGAUUUGGUAAAUCAUGUUUCAUUAGUAACUUAAAAGUUCUCGAUGCUGGUUUUAUUCCGAGAGAUCCAGGAUACUUGAUAAAAAAAUUAUCGAAACCUACCUGCUAUGACUUAACACUUACGAAGAACAAGGGAUCAUCAUUUGAAACACAUAUCUUCUAUGGAGGUCCAGGAUUUUCGCCAACAUGUAGAUGA